GCGCCGCCGCCGGGCCGGCAGCCAAUGGGAUACACGCAAAACGUGGGCACGUGGAUCCGCGCACAUGUUGACGCUCGUAAAGUGCCGAGAGAAAGAGCGAGCAAAGACAAACCGAUGAACGGCCGGGCGGAGCGAGAGAGCUGAGGCUGGACGCCCCGAUGCUGCUCCAGCUACGGACUGAGUAUUGACGGACUUGUCGUUUCAAAGUGGGAGAUAGAGCCGUUAACGCGUCUUUCCGGUAGCUGCUGUUUUUUUAAUGUUAUCACAUCACUGAGGCAAUGCAGUCCCAGGGCAGCACUUCCUCUCAGCCCUCCUUCGAUUCCCUGAGCUCCAGCGACAGCCUCUUGUUCAGCGACUCGGAGCAGGCGGAGGACGACACAGACGUCUUCCUGACAGACGGCUCCUCCUCCGUUAUUAUCAGCGGGGCGGGUGGGGCCGCGGCUGAUGGAGACGGGGGAUCGGAAAGUCCCGGGUCCCAGUGGACGUGCGACGGCUUCACAGAUAAAGAGGAAGAGGAGGAGUCGUACAGGUCGGAGAGGGGCGGUAAGGCAGAUGAGACGGAUCUCACAAGCCGGAUCCCAAAAUCACAGGGAGAUCUGCUGUUUGCUCAAAAGUGUGCUGAGCUGCAGGGUUUUGUCAGGCCCCUGCUGGAGCUGCUGAAUGGACUGAAGAGGGGCCGAUUCGACCGUGGUUUGAGUAGUUUCCAGCAGAGCGUUGCCAUGGAUCGAAUCCAGAGGAUCGUGGGGGUUUUACAGAGACCCAACAGCGGGGAGAAGUACCUGAACACUCUGCUCCAGGUGGAAAUGAUGCUAAAGCUCUGGUUUCCUCAGAUCCCCACCCCGCCCGUCUCAGCAGGCUCCAGCGUCGCCACAUCUUCUGCCCGCUCCCUCCAACACACUUCCAGCUCCACCCCGCCGCACAAGCACAGGGAUCAGUUACAUAUUCCCGUCAAGAAGCGCAGACUCAGCUGGACAGGUACAGACACUCCCACGCCUCCCCCGGUGCUUUCCAAGUGCCCUCAUGUCAGAGCAGGGGAGAAGAGGGUGAAGCAAGAUGAAGAUGAAAGGGACGACCCCCCUCCUCCUCCUCCUCCUCCAUCAUUGGCAUCUGACGUGAAUCAAAAUCCACCAGAUGUGGCCGGUAACAGCCAGCUAAACGAGGACACAAAGGGAAAGGACAGUGACAGCGAGGAACUAGGCAAGCUAUCAAAGUAUAAAGCAGGUCAAAGCUCUGAGCCGAGCCUGACAUGGGUUCACGUCGCCCCCAUCCUGUCCCCGCGAAAGGCCUGCCCCUCGCACAAGGGCACGGGGGCGGCGCCGACAACCAGCGAAAACCAGCCCAUUGCUGCCGUCCUCCCGCCAAGAAGGAGGGGCAGCCCUGCUACGCAAGACAGCUCUGUCUCUUCUACCACACCCUACAAGCACCCCAAAAAUCUGAAGAAGCCAAUCCGGUGCCAAAGCCAGCCUGUUGCUGGACAACAGAGUGAGAGUGAGACCAUCAAGGCCUGUCAGGGUCAAAGCCAAUCUCCUCAUGUCACACUUAAGCCUUUGCCCAGAGUGUGCCCCACCCCCUUAGAGACCUGAUGCAUUGAAGGAGCAAUGAGCCGGCAGCCUUGCUUUGUUACACCAUCGAGCUGAAAGCUGCUGUGAGAGGAAGGGAAGAGGCUGAAGGCCUGUCAUUAUAGAUCCAUUAAAGAGAGGAAGGGGAGGAAAGAAUUGUAGGUGCUUAGAUGUUGAAGACAAAUGAUAGACGACACGUAACCCCUCAUCAAAACCACAACUACAACGGUUAUUUCAAACAACAGGACGUGAUGUAUUUCAGUAAAUCAAAACUCUUUGAUAAUCACAAUCCCAUAAUAAUAUAAACGGUUGAGGGGAAUAGGAGAGAAUACCUAAAACUUAAAGGCUAUUUACAGGUUACUGAGUUAAUGACCAAUAGGAGAGAUUUUGAUGAGCUAAUGCUAGUUCCACCUCGGCAUGAAAACAAUCAUUAUACUGUAUCCAGCGAUGACUAUUUUAGCAGUCAUCCAACUUGAAGGACAAGCUUGAUCAGAAAAUAGAAAAGCUGAUGUCAGUGUUAAGAGUGAAAGCUUCAGAGGUUUAAUUUGAUGAGGUAAUUCUAGUUAGGAUUCAAUCCAGAGUGAAAAACACAGGGUGAGCUGAAUUUGAUUCUAGUUUUACAGCAGGAGACUUGUUGACUUUACUUUCACUUGUAGAUAGAAUCGAGGUUUGCAGAGGAAAAAUGACACUGAGGUCAUUUGAAAAUCUUGUAGCUAGUGAUGUGAGAAAUACAGUGUACAGAACGCAGCAUUAUACUGUACGUGUGGUGUGUUAGAGUCAUCGGAGACUUGUGGAAAAAAUGAUGUCAUCAACUCACGAAUGUAAUCCAAGAACUGUUUGGGCACUUGGGCUGGCAGAUCAGUGGCAAGACAUCGAGAGUGACAUCACAGCGAUCAGCGAGGUCACGCAACUUUUCUCAUCGUGCUGUGACCGAUAAUCAGCGUCAUGAAGAUCCGAGAAAGACUUUUUAAAAGACCAGCCUGAGGAAAAAUAAGAACCACUCAAGGACGUAUGACUCCAGACAGUUAAUUUAUUCAUGUGUUGAUCUGACACUGCUUUUAUUUAUUGUUUGUAUUUAUUUAUUGGGCAGCUAAGUAUCGCCUCCUGUGCGCUUGCAUAGCCUGGCCUACAGUUUUUUUGUUUUUUUUCCGAGGAGAUUGGGAAGAUGCUGUUGACAGUUUGUGGUUUUUAUUGCUAUCACGAGGAUAAAAAAACUGAAGGAAGUGAAAUCUUAUGAUUGGACUAUUGGACUACUGUGCCUUUUUACCAAAUAGGAUGUGUUCAGAAAAAGCAGCAUUUGGUGCUUUUAGUGCACUCAUACUGCAUUUUGAUUGUUUGCUUGUAUUUCACAAAACCAGUACACAUUCAAUCAUGAUAAAGCCUACAUGUAGUCAUUUUCAUGUUACUUCUAAACUUACACACAGCAUCAAAACCAACAGUAUCAUCAACCAUCUUCUGCUUAAUAUCUGGUGUCCAGCUCUACUAUUCUGACAUCUACGGUUAAUCCAAACUGCCUACAUCUUCAGCUUUUACACACACCUGCAGCAGUGGCUACUGUUUGUCAUGUAGUGUUAAAGGAGCUAUUUGCAAGUUUUUCUGUCACUACAAAGCCAACAUUACAGAUGGUUACUUAGCGGUGUAUCAGAAAUGUUGCGAGUUCAGUAUCAAACUUGCAAUGCCAAUGUUUUGCUUCUAGUUCUGUUACUCGUUUUAUUCGGCUGAAGUUAGCAAGCUAACCAGCUAGCUCCGGCCUGUCUCAUCACUUUCCGAUAGUGACUCAUUGUAGCGGCCGGGAUGCCCCCAAGAAGGUGUGCUGCUCAGGGGGCAUAACUAUUUGAAUUGGAAACACAACAAUGGCUUUUGAACCAGGACCAGGACUGUGGGUAAGAACCACCCACUCCCGCCAAAUAAUCAGGUUCACAGAGAAAACUUACAAAUAGCCCCUUUAAAGUGUAAAGCUGCCUUCGGGGCUUUUCUUUUGUUUCUGAUCGACCAAGGAACAGACUAAACUGCACUUAUAGCUGGUGUUCUUGAAAACUUGAAAAAACAGAAAAUAUAAAUGUAACCCUCUACUGCUGCUAUUAUUCUAAUUCCAGUUCUAACUUAGACGUUUGAUAGGAGGCGCUCUCUCUUAAUUUGGAAAUUUGUAGGAGGGCAUUUAGUGAUGUGAUUGGAUUUACCUAUACUGCAAAAUAAUUGUAAAUAUUUAGACUAAAGUAUUUUUAAAUUGGUAUGAGUGGUUCAUACACGAUUUACAUAACUCGGGGUGGGGAGGUGGGUGGGGGGAUAAUCCACGUACCAGACCUCCUCCUCCGAGAAAAGCACCACGUGUGAACACUGAGCCACUGGCAGCCUCGUUUUUGGAGUAAGGAGAGUACAAAUCUUCAGUCACAGAAUCAGAGUCAGCUCAUUCUGCCCCAUUCUGUCUUCAAGAACGACAGUUUGAUGUACCAGACGCUGACUCUCGAUCAGAGGCUGGGGGAUGUCUUCCACCCAACUCCUGUUUUUAUACGGUUGUGGUAUGACAGACAAGCCAAUUGCACUUAUUUUUCAUUGUUAAUGUCCUUUUUUCCAUGUAUGUUUUCUACUACAGUGACCACUGCUGACUGGUCAGAAAUAAUAUGUCUUGUUUAUUUUAGCUGCCUUCUUCUUCUUCUUCUUCUUACAUUGUAGUAUCACACUGUAGUUCCCCCGCGCCUCCCCUCCCCCACUCUGCUGCAUUCGUCUGCUCUUGCCCUCUCUCUCCUUCACCCCCCCCCUUCAAAUCUUGUUAGUACCUUUUCUUUCUGAACUAAACUCUCUCUUUCUCUGACCCCAUCUUUACAUGAUAUUACUCUUCUGGCUACUUUUUCAAUAAUGAUACAAAAGGAAAAAAAUCUUUUAAUAAAUGACACGUUUUUGAAAGCUGAA